AUGCACGUUUCAAAGUCUGCGGGUGCAGUUUCCUCGAGCUCCUCUCCUCAAAGGGUGGAGAUGAGAUGCGAUUGAAAGAGGGCUGUCAAGGUUCACAUGGACGUUCUCUGCCCUAGCCUGCAUGUCCGAGACUUCGAGUAUCUCCAUCAUCUCGGCGAGCAUCGAGCAAGCCAACAUCGAGAGAAGCAGAGUAGAAUUGCGUCGAGGGAUGGAAGAAAAAAUCGGGUAUCAGCAACUGGGGUCUGUGAUCGGACCCCGUACGUGUACAGAUUUUGAGAUGUUUCUGUCUAGGGUUCUGUCCUGUCUGUAGGCCGCCUUCGAUUCACUUAGUUUACUCACAUGGCUGACAACGCACUGACAAUUCUGGUCAAAAUUGUGUAUAAGAUUGCCAGAAGCAAAUGGGUCAAAAUUGAACCUGACGUCAUAUGGUCGCGACCCUCACCGGGCUGGAAAGCACGAGUAGGAGCUCUCGUUGAUAGUCUGUGUGAUACACGGCGAGUUGGUGUGAAAACUGAAAUUCGGAGAUCGUGAAAAGUGCAACGCAGGUUACCGAGAAAGUUCGGAUGUGGGAAUGCAAAGAUUCUUUCAAUCAAUUGACUGAUUUUGAGAUUUGCUCGUU